UCGGCUACGGUUUAUUGAUAACUAUUUGUUUACGUGUUGCUUGGCGAACUGAAAAUAGUGACGCUCAAAGACAUUCCAAAGGAUUAUAUUUUGCUCGCGGUUUCAUCAUUUGAAUUAUUAAUUGGGACAGUAUGUGAUAAUAUCAAUACCUCACACUGAAGUUUUAGCCAGAGAGAAACAAAACACAACUACCAAACUUGCCAAUGGUCUUCUGUGUGUACAGGGCAAAUACAGUAAAUACUCGAAAUGGGAUGCGGAGCUUCCACUGAAACCGGUCCGCCGCCUAACGAUGAUCGCCGCACGAAUAACGCAGAUUACACCGGAAAGAAAACACAGCCGGUGCGCGACACUUCACCACCGCGUAUUAUAAAUCCCGUACUACCCCCACGUGUACCUACCCCUCCCCCACCACGGGACCCAACGCCUCCGCCACCACGGGAUCCAACACCACCCCCUCGUAAACCGUCACCUCCUCCUCGGGAACAUAGAGAGCCGACUCCACCCCCGAGAAAUCCAACUCCGCCCCAGAGUGAGUGGACACCGCCUCCUCCGAGCGAUCCAACACCGCCUCCCCCGAGUGAUCCAACACCGCCCAUUCCGAGUGUUCCGAUUCCGCCCACUAAAGCGGUGGAACAGAAAGAACGACAAGGCUCCGCCUCCGCGAAGAAUGUUGAGAAUUACAGAAAAACUGAGUUUGGUAUAUUUGAAUGCGAACCGUACGAAUUCCGGCAGCACGUUGAUGAACUGGACCGGAUAUUCUCAGACCCGCCCCGCGAGCUUCCGUUCACAGACUACGACUUCGGGCCGUCUGUCGCUAUUCAAGGUGAAAGUGUUGAGUGGAAGCGACCGGGGGAAGUGCGCGCGCACCCUGUGCUGUUUUCUGAAGGCACGACACGCUACGACAUAGGUCAAGGGUCAGCGGGCACCUGCUGGUUCCUCUCCAUCAUCGCCAUGUUGGCGGAGAGGAAGGAACUGUUCCACCGUGUUGUACCUUUGGACGCAUGGGAUCAGGAAGGCGGCUUUUUCCGGUGUUAUUUCUACAGGUUUGGCGAGUGGGAAGAGGUGUACAUUGACGACGUCCUACCCACCGUUCACGGGGACCAGUUCUGGGGCGCCAAGUCGUUGGACGAGAACGAGAUCUGGCCCGCCCUGCUAGAGAAGGCGUUCGCGAGGUUCCACGGCAACUACAACGCGGUGUAUGGCGGCCAAUCCGGCGACGCGUUUCUCGCCCUAACCGGCGGUUGCUCAGAGUACAUCGACUUUGACGAGGCGUUGGAGGCAGACGCUGCUAGUUCCGCCAUGGCGAAGGCGCGUGCAGUGCACGAGCGACUGAGGAACGCAUGUCUGCAUGGCGAGUGCAUGCUUACAACGGAAGUACCUCAAAAGCAUGACAAGCAGCGCGGGUUGGUCGGCGGUCACGCUUACUCACUCACAGACGCUCGCACGGUGCAGAACCGCUCUGGACAAGACGUGUAUCUGGUACGAAUACGCAAUCCAUGGGGCAAUACGGAAUGGACGGGGCCUUGGUGUGACGGUUCCCGGGAAUGGAGCACGAUCCCUGAGGGCGCGGUCCAGAUGGCAAGCAUCGACGACGGGGAAUUCUGGAUGUCAUUGAAAGACUUUAUCACUUACUUCUCCGGGAUCACCGUAUGCUCGCUGAUUCCCGAUUUUGAUAUGGACGGUCGUCCAGACAGUCUAAAUUUCUGCACCACAUUGUUUGGCGACUGGUUUGGGGAGACGGCAGCUGGGUUUGAGAACAGGAUCGGUAAUCCACGUUACCUCUUCCAUGUUUCGGACGAAGGCAUGGAUUCUGACGGCCACGUUCCUAUUGUUCUUCAAAUCGCGCAGAAACUUAAACACAGAAAGAAAAAUAAAGCGUCUAUCAGAGUAGAUCUUUACAAAGUGUUGGGAGAGACCCACGACGGCAAGCCUCAAGCCGUCAUGGAGUUACUCGGGGACGUGACAAACGUCUACAAGAUGGAGAAGCAGAUGAGCGUAAGACACAAGAUCGAACCCGGCUACUACGCUAUCGUGCCUUCCACUAUAGACGCGGGGAAAGAAAAAGAAUUCAUAGUUCGGGUGUACACCCCCAGUCCACUGCGAGAAAUCAGAGAACUUGGUCGAGAAUACGCAAUGAUGGAAUCCAAACAGUUUGAAGUACCCAACGGAGUAGACCAUAAAAUAACCUUUACGGAGACGAUAUUCGGUUCCUGGCGGACGGGCUACAACGCCGGUGGCCAGGUGUCCAACAGGGAUACUUUUGCCUCCAAUCCCCAGGUCGUCUUCACUGUUCCUAACAGAGGGGGUAAAAAGAUGCUUGUGGACCUGACUCUGAUGCAGGAACACGGAGGAGAACAGCUGGCUAUAGGGAUGAGAGUGUUUCCGAUUGAGACUGGUUACAUACUAUCUGAGGACGAAUCACACUUGGAAUACCUUUACUCCAAAUACGAAAACUGCAUGACGUCAAUGAAUGGGGAGGAUGGUGUUUUUGUCAUGGGCUCUAGUGCCGAGAUGACUUUCCUUCUUCCCCCUGGAAGAUACAAUGCCUUACUACAUACAGACGGCGCCGGUGAAGAGAAAGCGUUCUCUCUUGUGGUCAGAGCGUCUUGUCACAUUGACCUCGAACCGUUCCAUGUUCAAUGAGGACCGUACUGACCUGACCGUUUCCGCGGCUUCCAUUGAACAUAAACGCUCCUAUUUGUUGCUUUUUUAUCUUUGUACCUUCAUAUAUCUGAAUGUAUGCCAAAACUAUAAGUUCUAUGCAUAUCCUUAAGGAAAACAAAGCCUGUAUGUUAUGCAAUACUAGAAACUUUUUUUGAAAAAUCAUAUAUAUAUAUAUAAACAUGAACAUUAUUUCAAUGUUUGAGCUAAUUUGAGCGCAAAAUACUCAACGUGAUUUAUAAUGUUAUGUGCCUUUCCGGAGUCCUGUGUCUUGCGGUGUCCGUCGUUAACAAUGUGCUUCGAACGACCUCGCCUCCAUUACAACUGUGCAUCUUUUAAUGAAAUUUAACAGGCAUUGUUCGUGGGUGACCCUCUGAAUAACUUGUUCUAAUCAAUCCGUUCCGCUCAGUAUGAAGGUCAUUCGAGGUUAAUAAUGAAGCUUGAAAAAUCUUCUCUGAAACAGCAAGGUUUGGAAGUUUUAUAUUUGGCGUGUUUCGUCAUAUACUGGUCCUCAACAUCGUUUGUUCAUAUCAUGAUCAUGAGUUCAAAAUUGACCACGCUUAGGGGUCCCUUGAUUUACAUGCACUAAACAGCAAAAAACUUGAAAAAUCUUUUUUGAAACCAUUGUUCAAGAGUUUUUAUGUAAGGUAUGUAUCUAAUUUGUAUCAUAUCUUGGUCCUGUACAAAGUUGGUUCAAAUAAUAUGUCUGGUUUCAAAACGUGUCAAAGAUAUCAUUUUCGUGAAAACUUCAUUAAUAAAUUAAAUUAAAAACAUAUGUAAAACAACACAUACCAGCAGAGUAAUUUAUGAGAUGAAACGUUGUAUAAUUGCUCUAUAUAAAGUUGGUUCAAAUCAUGUCCCAUGGGGUCAAAUGAUGAAUAUAUAUAUAAUAUGUUGCAAAAUAACUCCAAACCACUGUGUCUCUUAAAGCGAAAGUUCACAAUCUUUGGUAGUUGGUAUGAAACAUCGUAUAUGGUCAUGUUUAAGUUUGUUCAUAUGAUAUCACUCGGCUUAAACUUUAAAUGCCUUGUGGUCACAUUAAUAAUAAUGUCUUAUACAAGUAAAAUAAUAUGUUUUUUGUUGUUCGAUGAAACUGCAAAGGCCAAGAAGCUAUGUAUUUGGUAUGUGAAUUGUUUUGUUUUCUAGACUGUCCCAUGGUCAGUAACGUCCGUACUGGCCUGACCAUUUCCGUGACUUUCAUUGAACAUAACACCUCUAUGAAAAUUGUGUUUUUUACUGUGUAAAUAUAUGUUUGCCAAACCUAAGAUGUACAUGUAUAUGCAAAACAUGCGUCUUAGUCUAUGCAAUACUGAACAAGUUGUUUGGAAAUUAUGUUUAUUUCCCUUGUGUUUUAUUGUUUGUUGUAAUAUUUCAAAAAGUCCGUUUUUAUGUUUGAGCCCAUAAGAGCACAAAGAGAUCAAGAUUCAAGAUGAGUAACUGUGGUAUGUGGCUUUACUGUCUUCUGUGUCGUGCGAAGUCCUUCGUAAACAAUUUGCUUCGAACAACCUCACCUCUUUUACAACUGUGCAUAUUGUAACGACACUGGAUAGGAAUGAGUAUUGGGUGGUCAUCUUAAAUGGUCCUCUUUCCUCUCUAUUUGGUCCUCAGAGUUUGAUUUUGACACUCCUAAAAUCUCCUCUUAAACCACAAGUUUAAUGUGUGGCAUGUGUCACCGUAAAGUGUAUCGAAACACCUUUUGUUAACCCAUGUAUGCCUAGCGUCUAGAAAAACGGCCUUGUCAAACAGCGUAGACCCAGAUGAGACGCCGCAUGAUGCGGCGUCUCAUCAGGGUCUGCGCUGUUUGCUUAAAUGAAUUUCUGUAAAACAUAUUCUAACGAUCGAAAUAAAUAUACUAGACAUUUCUAAUUUUGGAAAUAAAUUGAUCCAAUUAAGAAGGAUGGGAGAGUCCAAAAGGCAUAAAUGGGUUAAAAUCGUGACCACGAGGCCAAGACUCGCCACGUCCAAAACGGUCCAAAGUCCCGAUUGUAAUAUUCACUUUAUCAACAAAAUACUGUAAAAAAAACGUUAACGUCAAGUUCCAGCAAUAUAGUGUAUUAUAUGUAAAAUUGUAAAGUGGAUGCCGACCAAGUUUGUUUAAGUAAUGCCACUGGAAUCACAUGCUUUACAUAAUAUUAUUUUGUUGUAUCAGUUUCUAUGGUUCUGUUGAUGUCAUUCGGGAACAAAUGGCAACGCCCUUGGGUCGCAUUGUUAAUUCAUAAUUGAAAUUGCGAAUAAAUGUGCCAAAUCUGUUCUGUGAAACUAUAAAGCCCAUAGGUUAUGUAUUAGGCAUAUACCGUCUGUCUAAAUAAUGCCUCCGGGGGGGGGGGGUAAAAAUGAUCUAAACCAGGAGGUGCAUGGCGUAUAAAAUAUUUAAGAAAACGUAAUUUUGAUAAAAUGUUCACACAAACAUUACACAGGUGAGCGAUUUCUGACCAUCUUGACCAUCUUGUUUUGUAAACGACAUAUGAUGUUUUUUUCAUUUUCUCACAUGAUUUAUAUUUAAGUUGUUUAUAUUUAUUUAUUUUAACUAUUAAUUUUCAGUUGUUAAUAAAUAUUUGUUAAUAUUUUGUGAAGCAAUAUUAUUAUCACUUUGUGUUGUUGUUAUUAUUAUUGUUACAAUUAUGAACUGUUCACAAGCGUCCUUUUAUAUAGAUUUAUAGUUCACAUUAAAUAAACAAACUUG